CUCUGAUUGGACAUCUCCACACCACGUGACGUCCCUUUAAGCUCUUUCUUGACUGUCCGCGACCAUGGCCAGGGAAAGAUUUCCACCUAAUGACCAGGGCAGAGUUACCACGCAAAGGAUCGCGACUCGUAUCUGCUCGGUUUAAAGCGAAAACGGAUAUAUAAUACGACGACUGGCGUUUUGACUGCGCACGCGAGAGAGAAAACCCUCCUGUGCUGAUCACUCGAGCACUUUUACGCGGGAGUUGGGAUGUCGAUGUGACGCACCUUGAGUUGUUUUAACAGCUUGGGAAGUUGUAGCUUUUUUUCUUCACCUUUUACGCGUGGAAGAAUGCCGCAAGAUUCAAGUGCCUUGUUUACACACUUCAUUAGGCUUUUCUGCUCUUGAACUACUCGGAAUAUUUGCGCCAUCAGUUCAGAGAGAAGUUGCAUCCGUUGAGAGGAAACGGAUUUUAAACCAGUAGUAACGUUAAAUUAGUUUGUUCUUCUUUUAGAAAUACGUUAGCUGCGCCUCGCUCGCGCUCCGUCGAUGACUCUCGACAACUUAAAACACUCCGUGAUACUCACAACUUUGUUUAAAAUGGCUGACGAUAAUGAUUUACUAGGUGCUACGGAGUUUAUUAAAGAUCGACUCUAUUUUGCAACAUUGCGGAGUAAGCCGAAAAGCACCGCAAACACGCAUUACUUCAGCACGGAUGAGGAGUUUGUGUACGAAAACUUUUAUGCCGAUUUUGGACCCCUCAAUCUCGCUAUGCUGUACAGAUACUGCUGUAAACUCCUCAAAAAGCUCAAGCUGGCAAGGUGUAGUUCUCUCAUGUGUUCAUGUUUUGGAUUAUUGAAGUCGUUUACACUGACCAGAAAGAGGAUUGUGCACUACACCAGCUUUGACCAGCGCAAAAGGGCUAACGCUGCUGUGCUCAUUGGUGCUUAUGCUGUGAUUUACCUAAAGAAAACACCAGAGGAAGCCUAUAGAGCGCUUAUCUCCGGCUCCAAUGCCUCAUAUUUUCCCUUCAGGGAUGCUUCAUUUGGGAAUUGCACAUACAACCUGACGGUUCUCGACUGCUUACAAGGCAUUAGGAGGGCCCUCCAGCACGGAUUCUUGAACUUCGAGACGUUCGACGUGAACGAGUACGAACAUUACGAGCGGGUCGAGAACGGAGAUCUGAACUGGAUCGUCCCGGGCAAACUUCUCGCUUUCAGUGGGCCGCAUCCGAAGAGUAAAAUAGAGAACGGUUACCCUCUACAUGCCCCUGAGGCUUAUUUUCCAUAUUUCCGCAAGCACAACGUCACCACCAUAGUACGCCUCAACAAGAAGAUCUACGAAGCCAAGCGCUUCACAGAUGCCGGUUUCGACCAUUACGACCUGUUCUUCGUGGACGGCAGCACGCCCAGCGAAGUCAUCACCCGCCGCUUCCUGCACGUCUGCGAGAGCACGGAUGGAGCGGUGGCCGUGCACUGCAAGGCGGGUUUAGGCCGGACGGGGACUCUGAUUGGCUGCUACCUGAUGAAGCACUACCGCUUCACGGCUGCCGAAGCCAUCGCUUGGAUCCGCAUCUGCAGACCCGGCUCUAUUAUUGGACCCCAGCAACAUUACCUAGAAGAGAAGCAGGCGAGUCUCUGGGCGCAUGGAGAUAUUCACCGCUCCAAGCAGCGGCAGUAUGAGGACAGAUCUGUGCCCCACCUCAUCUCCAGUAUGGACAACCUCUCCAUCAACACCUCCAUCUUUAAAUCACACAGCUUGGACCGUAUGGAGGAGAACGAUUACGCAGAGAACGAUCUCUGUAUGACGCAAGGAGACAAACUGCGUGCCUUAAAGGGUCGGCGGCAACCGAGGUCUGCGACCACCGGAGCCAUAAGACUCGAGGACAUGAAGAUACACACUAGGUCUGCAUCUCAGCCUCUCAGUCGAGUGAAAGCAGCAGCCACUGGCCAGGGCUCCAUCUCCCCCCUCAAAUCCUCUAAAGUCCCACCAUCCUCCUCCGUCUCUGCCUCUGCCAAACGAAUUGGCCGCUCUUCAUCUUCAUCAACCAACCUCAAGAGCACAAGGUUAGCCAGCUCUCUGGGUAACCUGUACGAACCAAAUGGCGAAGCCAACAGCUCUGGGAAACCGCCUUCCCCUUCCUUGUUCACUUCCCACCCCGUCCGCAUGGGCUACAGCGGCCCUAUCGCCACCCACAAUUACCACUACGAAGUCAACAACAACAACAGUCAGUAUAACAGCACCAGCACCCCGAACAGCAACGGGGUGAGCCUGAGCAGCGGGGCAAAAAGCCUGACCUACAACCUCAACACCAGCCCGAGUGGACCUUCCACCAAUGGAAGGCUGGGGGCCAGUGAACAGGGGCACCACAGAAGCCCCCCGACGGGGCUGAGCGGGCUCUCGGCACGAUACCUCAGCCGGUCCAUUCCUUCCCUUCAGUCUGAGUAUGUUCAGUACUAAAGCCGCCACCUUCCGCUAACCCCCGUCCCGUGCUGCUGGCCUGGUUCCGACCCGUGACACCUUCACUGUGACCACCGAUUUGCUGACGACUUGUGGUAAAAGAGGAACGAAGCUGAAAGGAAAUGCUUUGAGACUGAACUGUCAGCCUCAUGGUAUGAUACGUCCUGUUACAACAGGGCUGAUCUGGAAUCUGCUGCAUGCUGUUAAACGACACGAACUUGCCUUGGCCGUCCUUUCAAAAUUAUUAUUAUUAUUAUUUUUAUUUUUAUUUUUAAAGACAUACUCUCCAUGUAUGAAUUUACAUAGUUAAAUAUUUUUAGAGAAUGAAUUUUGUACUAUUUUUGUCCUAUUUUAUCUAUAAUUCUUAAUGCUCGAUGACAAGGUUUGUUGAUAUUUGUGUUUCUUUGGAUUAGGGAAUUUGUUCUGACUUAAAUAUCACGUUUUUGUCUCCCGAGUAACAUAUCAAGUGCGAGGUCUAUAUUUGAAAGGUGCAAAAUGGUUUGACAGCAACGUGUCACCUUCAAAGGGAUUUUCAGCCCACGAAAGCCAUAAAGAGUGUGUGUUUUCUUCAUUUGGGGUCUAAGGUUGGUUUGUCUCCACGCAACGGUGGACGGCUAAUGAGAACACGACCAAUUUGCAAGCAAACUUAUUUUUCUCUGGAAAAUGGAGAGCUUUGUUUGUUCAAUGUGAGUAACAGGGUGGACUGCUUUUCUUUUUUCCUAGCCAUUGUGACAUCAUAAUGUGCAUUAUUAUUAAACUAAUACAGAUCUGAGCUUGCAUGCAUUUCAAGAGCACCAAGGGCUGUUGAAAACACAACCGUCAACACUUCACUUUUCAGGAGUGUUCAUUUCACCAGCACAUCUGUGAUAUAACAAUCUCAGAAUGUAGGGUUGUUCGUUGUAACAUGCACCGUUUUUGCAUAAAGUAGCUCAAACUACUUUAAAUAUACAUUAAUGAAAAUGAAUAUAAACAUAAUUAAUCGCAAACUCUAUUACAAUAGAUGAGCUUUUGUGUAGGCGAUGAUAUGCAUAAUCAAACCCUUUAUGUUAGUGCACAUAAUGAAUGUACAAACUAAUCCGAAAAAGGUUGUUCCAGUGUUUGUCUCUCAAAUUUGGUAAUUUUAGAAUGUUUACAAUCGAGAGCAAAUAAUUUAUCGUACAGUGUUUUUAAAGGUGACCAGCAGGGUUCAAGCUAAAACCUUUCGAUUUUUUUUACUUUACAUAAAAAUUAAACACAGUCAGCCUCAUGCUAUUCCAUACUUGACCUUAUUUCUUCUGUGAAACACAAAACAAAAUUUUGCGUGAUUCACAGAGCUCUGUUUAAGGACUGGGAUUGUUGAGCUUAAAAAUGAAAGCACCAUAGAAGUACUGCAAGUUGUCAAUUCUGUGAUCAGAUGUCUUCAAUUAUAAUUACACAGAUUUUUAUUUAUUUUUUAAAUUCAAAUUUAAUAAAAAAAAUUAAUCCCAUCAAAACACGUUGCUCCAGAUUUGACGUCAAUGUCAAGAUGUUUACGAUCAUGAUAUCAAAUCUGGCGCAAAAUAUUAAAAAAAACAAACAAAUUAAAUGAAAUCGUAGAUCUACAGCAGAGGGGAAGCUUACUGCAAAUUGCAAUGUACAUUUCUUUUUGUUUGUUACGCAAAGCAAUCAUACACAUUUGGUAAACUUCGGUAUCGUAUUUCUUAUGAAAAUAGCAGAAAGUACUUAUGGUGCACCUUUGGACCUCAGCAGCCUUAAUUUUAUUGAAUGGAAAAGAGCAGCGUGAACAUUCUUCUGAAUAUCAUCUUUUGUGUUCCACAGAGGAAAGUCAUUGAGCUUGAUAUUAGCUGGGUAAAUUAUGACCAUUUUCAUUUUGGAGUUAAACUAACCUAUGAGUUUCUUUUUUGAACAAAUACUCCAGUACAAGUUUAUGCAAUUAUAACUUGAUUGACUGUUCUGUAUCUGUUAGUCCUGUAGCACUCUGUACAUUCCAGAUGGUGUUAUGAAUUAUGUGUAUAUAUAUGUUUUGGGAGAAUCUUAUUUGAUUGAAGUAUUCUACCUCUUUGACACAUACAUGAUGUAAACUACUCUCUUGCUUAUAAAAAUAUAAAUAUAUAUAUAUUUUUGGAGCAGUGUGUAAAGAAAAUCUAACAAUGUUAGAGCAGUGUUUGCUUUUCAUAAACAUACCGAAUGGACAUUAAAAUACAAAGUAGUGGGUUGUACAUUAUUCUUUUACAAUGUAAACACGAUUUCAAAGACCAGAAAACAAUAAAAAGACUAAUUUUGCUUUA